CGCCAUAAAUCGCCAACCAAGCAAAAGGCACAAGAAGCACCACGAAGACAAGAAGUCGCACCUAGCGUUAGGAACUGGAAAGCCUUCCCUUUUGGGUUUUGUUUGGGUUUGCCGCUGCACAGUUGUGUCUUUUGGUUCCCAUCGCGCGCACACACACACAGCCACACACAGGCGCACACACGUACAACGUCCACCAUGAGCGAGUCCUACGACUUUCUGUUCAAGUUCUUGGUGAUUGGCAACGCCAACACUGGCAAGUCGUGCAUCCUGCACCAGUUCAUCGAAAACAAAUUCAAGUCCGAUUCCACACACACCAUUGGCGUCGAGUUUGGAUCCAAAGUCAUCAACUGCGGUGGCAAGUCUGUCAAGCUGCAAGUGUGGGACACAGCCGGUCAGGAGCGGUUCAGGUCGGUCACGCGCAGCUACUACAGAGGCGCGGCCGGCGCGUUGCUCGUCUACGACAUUUCAAACCGUGAGAGCUUCAACGCGCUGACAAACUGGCUCACAGACGCCCGCACCCUUGCCAGCCCAGACAUUGUCAUUGUCCUCGUCGGCAACAAGAAGGACCUCGAGGCUGAUCGUGAGGUGACAUUCUUGGAGGCGUCCCGAUUCGCACAGGAGAACGAGCUGAUGUUCCUCGAGACGAGUGCACGCACAGGCGAGAACGUGGAGGAGGUCUUCCUCAAGUGCGCUCGCUCCAUUCUCUCCAAGAUCGAGACAGGUCAACUUGACCCGGAGAAGAUUGGGUCUGGUAUCCAGUAUGGUGACGCGUCGCUGCGCAAGACAAAGAAAACGCCGGGCCAGAAGGAGCCGUGCGCAUGCUGAACUCCAGGCACAUGCGCACAACGUGCUUCAUACAACUCUCUCUCUCUCUCUCUCUCUCUCUCUCUCUCUCUCUCUCU